AUGAUGGCCGAUCGUGAGGAAAUUGAACUAACGCCGAUCCCGGCAGCGAUGCCACUGCUCAACUUUGUACCAUCGACAUUGCGCUUCCGGAACGUCUCAUACAGAACCAAUGAUAAGGAAAUAUUAGCGAAUAUCUCAGGACGCUUCCAGCAUGGUCGCUUGGUGGCUCUCAUGGGUCCUUCUGGUGCGGGAAAAUCGUCUCUCCUUAAUGCUCUUUCCGGUGCGGAAAUGUUCGGAAUGAUCGGUACGGUUACGAUCAACGGUGAACCGGUGGAGGAGAACGAUCCACGGAGUGUUUACGUUGAGCAGGAGUGCCCACUGCUGGCAUUUCUCACCGUUCAGGAAACGAUGGAGUUCGCGGUCAACAUGAAGAUGCCCCAAGGAUCCCCACCGUCGCUCAAGGGUGCGAAAGUGAGCGAAAUUCUCAACAUGGUCGGUCUCGACGGGUCGCGACCUACGGUUGUGAGAAACCUGUCCGGAGGGGAACAGCGUAGGCUAGCGGUAGCCGUCGAGCUCAUCACAAACCCACCGAUCAUGCUGCUGGACGAACCCACAAGUGGCCUGGACAGUGUGUCGUCGAUGCAGGUGAUAUCGCACCUCAAAUCGCUCGCCAUGAGUGGAAGGACGAUCAUCUGUACGAUCCACCAGCCCGCCUCGAGCCUUUUCCAGUUGUUCGACGACGUGUACCUCCUCCGGCAGGGCCGCUGUCUAUAUGCAGGCCCGGUCGAAAACCUGCUACCACAGUUCGCACGUGUCGGACUGCACUGUCCUGAGUACUACAACCCGGCCGAUUUCGCUCUCGAAGCCAUCACCAACGCGGAACACACUGACGCCCACGAGACGCUGGCUCGAAUGGUGGAUGAUGAAAUGCGCGAGAUAAACGCCGCCGCACCCUCCAGUCCGACAACUCUUGCGGCUCAGCUUUGCACCGGGAAAAAGAUCGCACGUUACCAGACGGCAUGGUACUACCAGCUCUACACGCUGCUCAAGCGCUCGGUGAUUGCGUCGGCUCGCGAUGAGUUUUUCCUCAAAAUGCGCAUCGGAAUGCAUCUGGCGCUGGGGCUCGUGUUUGGUGUGGUGCAUUACGACGUCGGAUCGGACGCCGCGAAAGUGUUGACCAAUGUCGGUUGCUUUUUCCAACUGUUUGCCUUCGUGUACUUCUCCAACGCGGUCUCGGUGGUGAACUAUGCGGACGAAGUUAACGUUGCCAUCAAGGAGAUCGCCAACAAUUGGUACUCGCGCGAGGCGUACUUCUUCGCGAAGCUGUUCCACGAUCUCCCGCUGCAACUCCUCUGUCCUUCGCUGAUGCUCGCCAUCGUGUACUAUCUCACCGGGCAGCCGAUGGAAUGGAACCGCAUUGGGAUGAUACUGGGCGUGUUUGCGGUCGGUGCCAUAAUCGGCCAGAGUCUCGGGCUAAUCGGAGGCAUCUGCUUCGACGUGGGGAUGCAAAAUUUCUUUGUCGCGAACGCGUGCAUCGUGCCGCUACUGUUUUCCGGGUUUUUCGUCAAUGCCAAGGAUUUGGUCUCGAUACUGAAACCGCUGAGUGUGGUGUCGUUCUUCCGGUAUCAGUUUCACGGGGCCAUGCAAGCGCUGUACGGCUACGAUCGGGAGAAUAUUCCGUGCCGCCAGGUGUUCUGCUACUACAAAAAACCGAUCACCAUUCUCGAGCAGUUCGACAUCGAUGAGCACGGAUAUGGACGCAACAUUUCCAACGCUCUUAUCUUGAUACUCAUCAUGCAGGUGAUUAUUUAUGUUGGCUUCGUUGUGAGAUUGAGGCGAAUAAAGUGA